GUUCCAGAGGGAAGACAUAUCCCACAUCCUCAAUCGAGUCGCCAAAGAGAUCUCUUCAUAACAAUGGAGUGAGACAUACACGAAGGCCUCCCUCUGAAGCAAAACGGUCGCCUCCAGAUAAGUCCAAAUGUUGUAAGGACAAGAUUGAAAGCAGUGGCUGCAAGAACACCGGUCAGUGUGCAGAAACUAACUAUCACUGCGCGGGAGACAAGCUGAUGCUGGUCAAAUCCGCGUACUCGUGUUCUGACGAACGCUGCUCUAAGAAGCUAUACGACUCCGUGGACGUACAGAACGUCUGGAGCACGUGUAACAUGAGGAACACGUGUGACGUCACUGUACGUCAUCACUUCUUGAUCAUGAAUUACGACUGUGUUGUACCAGACGGGAUGACCAAGGGGGACAUAUGUGCCGCUGAGAAGUUAAUGCUGACUCCCGGGUCGGCGAAAUUCUUUCUGCACAACCCCGGCUAUCCGCAGCAUACGGCCGAGGAAGUCACCUGUACCUGCCGGGCAAAUCUCAGCCAACCUGUCAGCGUGACCAUGCGCUACCUACAGGCAGACAUCCCGGAUGAAUCACUCAAAAUUCUCUGGGAUAACUUAGGGGGCAGCCCAAAUGGUUCAGAAGAAAUAAUCACACCAAAGAGAACACUAGAGCUCGUGUAUCAACACAGCAAUUUGAGCAGUUUCUGGAUACAGAUUUCAGUUGAUAACACCGUAGAACUAUUUUGCCAGAACGAAUAUCCUAUCGUGAUUUUACCAACUCAAUCCUCAGCCGCUUUUUCCUUUAGUAUCCGUAUCUGGAUCAUCUUGGGAGCUACUAGUGGCGUCAUCUUCUGCUUCAUCAUCCUCGUUCCUAUUCUGGUCAUCUUCCUAUGCAGGCAAAGGAAGCGACGCGUAACAAAACUCCGGGCAUGGAACGAGAUGGUUGAGAAAGCCACUUUAAACCCUCAGGGUGCCACCACCAUCCAGCGAGGGACAGACAGGAUAAGGAAAGUCCCCAAGGACGGCAAGACAAUAAACCUAUAUCAAUCAGUUGAUGAGGCACUGAGUAAUGGUGAGACUAUGGAUGGAGACGGUACGAUAUGGACGUUGGUCACGCCCAGUAAGCGUCGGCCAGGUGCUCUCAGUCUCAAUCGUCCCCCACCCAAACAACGAAGUCUACCACCAGAGCCAGAUCUAGCUGUACCAAAAGAUACCCCAUAUUACAUCUACGAAACGUUACCAAAGGAUUCCAGCAAGAAGAAUCAUCCUUACCAAGCAAUAGACGAGUUGGAGAGCGGAGAGGAGGACAGCAUUGGCAAGAUGAUGUUCAAUGACUCGGUAGAAUCAAAGGAAGGUUUAGAUAAGCGGACACCGGAUGAUGAUUGGAGUGACCUCUACCAGAUGGCAUCCACCCUAGGUAGAGACAGCGCUAGUCCCGAGAAUGACCAGUGGAAAACCAGUGACAUUUAUCAGGCUACAAAGAUACAGAGUGGUGCUGGCUUAGCUGCGGAUUCGGGUGGAGGAACUGCGAAGUUGCCCCCUUCAAGGUCGCCACAUUCUGGUAGAGGUGUUCUCAAUCUUCCAGACUCUGGGAGGGGGACAUUAGAUCCACCGUCAUUGGGUGGAAGGAUUGAAAAGUCACCGCAGUCUGGCCGAGGUACUCAAUAUCGUCCAGAUUCUUUUGGGGGGACUGCAAAACUGCCAUAUUCCACUGGAGGAACUGCAAAAUUUCCAUACUCCCCUCCUGGAACCUAUGACAAUGCUCGUGAUAUUAACUCAAAACCUGAUGAUUCUAGUGGCUACGAUAACUGUGAGUCCCCGGAUCCUGAGGAAUGGCUCAGAGAAAAGGAACGUGAGAAAGCAGAACUUGAAGCUGCUUUCCUUGACAUCGGAAAGACGCUCUCAAGGGUUAAAGGCGAUAUUAAUGCUUUCAAAUCUUUGAAAAACACGAACAAAAAAGCUAAACCAAAACCCAACUCGCCUGAUGAUGUAUACGAAUUUGUCCCGUAACCCAUGAUCUUUGUGACUCAGUUGUCGGUUCCUAUCGGAGAUUAAAAGGGCAUUAUAGGAACGCCAUUGGCCAAGGUAGCGCUACUUGAUAGCUCGAUCAUAAUGAUCUCGUUGGAGGCUGCUGUCACCGACUUUCGCCAAAAAAUAUGAGUCAUGUUAUGUCAACGUGACACUGUGACAAACCUAUGGAUUUGUCAAUACAUCAUUUCCUCAAUUUGGGGCUGAGGGGUUUUUAAUGAAAAGAAUGGCGAACCACCUUUUGGCAAACGUAGGGUGUCAGACUGACAUUUUUCAAGCGAUUUUUCUCUUGGGUUCAGAUGUGUCUUUUUUACAAGUCUCUAUGCAAAUGCUGGCUUUUGCCAUCCUGAGAUUCCUACCUUGUACACAAAACGUUUGAAAUAUCGAGAGGCGGAGUAUAUUUAAAACCACUGGUUUUGUCGGGAUGGGCUUCUGUUUGUUGGACUUUCGAAUUGUCUUGUUCGUGAAGAGCACUUUAAUUCUCAUAGUUGAAGAUUUAGUGAUGUACCGAUGGUGGACUGAACUCGGUGUCACUGCUGUUACGGGGUAGGUCUCUAAGUCAAACGUGGACAACGCGACGAAUCCCCAGCACUUUCUGGGGUUAUAAGAUAGUAUUGACAUGUAGUUAUAACGGCACUAUACGACUACUAUACUAGUAACUGCAAUAUUAGUGUAAAUACAUGUAGCGCAUUUUUGGUAAAUUCGAAUGUCAUAUCUACAAUAUUUUUAUCAAUGAACAUAAUAAUUAUGCA